AUGGAUAGUCACGGCGCACCUCGCACCAGUCGAAUCGCCCGAACCGAAGAGCAUCGCCGGCAAGACACUGAUAAAAUAAACAAGUAUCGUGAGCUGGAAGCAUCUAUUCGUCUCCAGGCUGACGCUCAAAAAUACGACGACAAUCUCUUCCAACUCACCUCUAAGCUUCUUCGUCUAAACCCCGAAUACUAUACCAUAUGGAACGUCCGUCGUCGUUGUCUAAUUUAUGGAUUAUCCUCCGCACCCUCGCAUGGGUCCUCGCCCUCGAAGGAGUCGCUGAGUACUUCUCCACAAUGCAUUACGAAUCCUUGUUCCGACUCGUCCUCUCCUACAUCAUUGGAUACGAUCCCGCAGUCCCAAGACUCCCAGAUAGCUGGGAAGAAUGGUAUUACAGUUGACAGUGUCGAGGGCAACGUCGAGGACAACGUCGAAGCCCAUAUUGAUACCAUUCAGAAUGAGCUCUCCUUCACUAUUCCCCUUCUCGUCGAGUUUCCCAAGUGUUAUUGGAUUUGGAAGUAUCGUAAGUGGCUUCUCGAGCAAGCCAACACACGACUACCCCCCAAAGCUGCUCGUUCUAUAUGGGAGACCGAGCUAGGGUUGGCAUCCAAGAUGCUAGCCAAGGAUCGCCGUAACUUUCAUGCCUGGGGCUAUAGAAGAUAUGUGGUAGCAGCACUCGAAAAUCCUUUGCUAGGGGGCCGGAGCAUGGUUGAGGACGAAUUUGCCUACACCACUAAGAUGAUUCGUGGCGACUUAUCCAACUUCUCGGCUUGGCAUAGUCGAAGUCAGCUACUUUUACGUUUGUUAGAAGAGCGUGGUGCCGACGACGCCGCAAGAAAGGCUUUUCUCGACGAGGAACUUGGCUUGAUUCAAGACGCGCUCAACGUUGGCCCAGACGAUCAGAGUCUUUGGUAUUAUCAUCAAUACAUGAUGUCGCAAAUUGUCCAACCCAGCGAAAAGUCUACCAUCGCACCAGCUCUGACUACCUCGGAUAGAAUUGCUUAUGUGAGGGGUGAAAUUGAUAACAUUAAGGAUCUCCUAGAAGAUUACGCGGAUACAAAAUGGAUUUAUGAGGCCUUGCUCGAAUAUACCAUAGCGCUAAAGCACCUCGGACAGAAUGAAGGUGAAGAGCUUGACGUCGAAGAUCCCAAGCAAUGGUUGGCAAAAGUCCGAGCACUAGAUCCGAUGAGAGCGGGCAGAUGGAACGAUAUAGAGAAGCAAUUAGGAUCGAAUCAGCAUUGA